AGUUCGACUUUAGCAAGCAGUAUUUCUGUGGCUGCGCACGUGGAGGCGACAACACUAAUGCAGCUGCGGGUCCACGCGCGCUCAGCCCCGCUUUAUGACUGCUUUUAUCCUGUUGCGUCUCGAGCCCAAUGCUACCGGCAGCGGCACGUUUCAUGCAUUUUUUAGAGCCCUCGCCCGGAAGAAGAAAUAUUUCGUAAACGAAAAGAUUUGCUGAGAAUGAGUCCCGCAUAACUUCGGCUAUUGUUGUUAUCUACCCCCUCCUUUUUCCCCUGUCCCGCGCUGUCCAAGUUGAGUCAUUGUACAUAAGUAUGGUAGAUAAAGGCCCCUUGUUAACUUCUGCCAUUAUUUUUUACCUGUCCAUUGGGGCAGCAAUUUUUCAAGUCCUGGAGGAGCCUAAUUGGAAGCUGGCUGCAAUGCAGUAUAAUGACCAGAAGAAUAAAAUACUGGAGGACUAUCCCUGUCUGACCAAGGAUGAUUUGGACAAAAUAUUAGAGGCGGUGUCUGAUGCUGCAGGCCAAGGGAUCACUAUAACUGGCAGCAAGACCUUCAACAACUGGAACUGGCCAAAUGCUGUUAUUUUUGCCGCUACUGUUAUCACCACAAUCGGAUAUGGGAACAUUGCCCCUAAAACGCCAGCAGGCCGUGUAUUCUGCAUCCUUUACGGUCUAUUUGGUGUGCCUUUAUGUCUUACCUGGAUCAGUGAGCUCGGAAAGUUCUUUGGUGGCAGGGCCAAGCACUUGGGCCAGUAUCUAACCAAGAAAGGAUUUUCACUGAGAAAGGCUCAAUUUACCUGCACAGCUAUAUUUCUUCUCUGGGGUGUGCUGGUCCAUUUAGUCCUUCCACCUUUUGUAUUUAUGUCCCAAGAGGGUUGGACAUAUAUUGAAGGCUUGUACUUCUCAUUUGUCACCUUGACCACAAUUGGUUUUGGGGACUUGGUUGCAGGUGUGGAACCAAAUAAAGAAUACCCAACUCUGUACCGUUACUUUGUGGAAGUCUGGAUUUAUCUGGGGUUGGCCUGGCUUUCUUUGUUUUUCAACUGGAAAGUGCGGAUGGUGAUUGAGGCCCAUAAGGCACUGAAGAAACGGCGCAAGCUGCGCAAGCUAUCUCUUGAUGAGCUCCGGCUCUACAAAGAGACUCACAAAGCAGCCCUUCGUUUGCCACCCACUCCUAAUGACGUCAACAUCUUCAGCUUCCUGUCCAAGAAGCAGGAAGGCUACAAUGACUUGAUUAAGCAGAUUGGCACAAAAAAACAUGGCGGAAGCAACAGCAAUAGUGCCAAAACCAUUAAUAACUCCAAAGAGAUUGGUCGUUCCAAGAGUUGCAAUGACGCUCCCCUUUUUAAUGGUCAGACCAUUCUUAGUCUGGACCACUCACCACGCCAAAAGAGACGCUAUAGUUUCAGUGACCGUGUCACUGUUGCUUUUUCAAAGUCUAAGAACUACCUCCUAGGCUCAGACAGCGGUUUGCUGCUAACAGAGGACCAAGUAGAGGGUGACCUAGAUCUUGACCAGGGCCAAAUGUAUGAGAACCAGCUUGACAAAGACGUUGUCCUAGAGAAUGGAGGGCUGGAAGAUUAUGGAGCAGGUAGUCGAAGGACAUGGGACUCUAAAGAGUACCAUCCCCUAACAUUUCAAAAUGCAAACAUUACUUUUAUUGACGAGGAGAACUUUCUUAGCAAUAACUUGGAAGAGGAGGAGGAUGAUGAAGAUGAUGAUUCUAAAGCAAAACUAUCAAUUACUACAUGUGAUGAAAACAUUGAAACAAACUCCAAGGAGGAGCUGAGUUCUGACUCUGAAGGGUCUGUGUUCACUAGUGACGGUUCAGAACACAGCCACUCCUAUGAGAAACUUGUAGAGGAAUAUGCAAAAGAAGAAAAUACAGAAUGUUAAGAUAUCAGAACCUUAACUAUGCAAAGUUGUCACAUCUGCGUGGUCCUCUGUUGUUUUUAGUUCAUGGUUGGCAUUGAAGUACAUGUUUUAUAAUGUGAAUUGUUUGAAUGAACAUCAGAAGUCCCAUUGCACUUUUGGGGGUCUGAUAAUGGAAGACUGCAAAACCAAAAUCAAUUUCAAAUGAUUGCUCUGUUCAUAGCUGAUAAAUGCAAUCCUUUUAUAUUUGAGAGGUGAACUAUCUAGAAACUCUAGAAACAUCUUCAUGAAAAUAGACUACAGAGCAUGGCCUAUAACCCCGUGAGUAUUUAACAUCUGCUCUAUUUAUAUCUUUGUAUAUGGUUUGUGAAAUUAUAUGCCACACAUUUAUUGUAUUGUCGAAACUAAAAACUAUUUACCAUGAGUGCAUUUUUUUCUACUCGUAGGCUGGUAAGAAGUUAUAUGUGGAAAUGUAUUUGAUCUCCAUAGUUUUUCUAUGCAUAUUCACCAUAUUGGUGUUUCUAUAAUAUUUAUUAAAAUGAAGGAUAGUAGCUUUUA